AUGUCAGAAGCUGCAUUGGUGCCCCCCGCCCUUUCUACCAAUCAGACAGAAGAAACAUUCAACUUUCAGCAGUAUGAGCUUUUGAGGCAGGACCGUGCGGCACACCUGGGCCCCGGCAUCACAGACUUGGCAAGCCUAAAGGAACGUAUCCGGAGCUACUAUGCGAUAGAAAGCCUGGCUGAUCAUUUAAACUCUCAUGCUGAGUAUAGGAGUAUCACUCUUCAGUUCCCCGAUGACCUGCUGUUUGAUUCGGCGCUCGUGGCCGAAGAACUGCAGGCCUUAUUGCCCGACCUACAAUGUGCGAGAACAGAUGCGCCUGCACAGGCAGACACUACGUGCAGCUGUGGCACCCAAAAGACAUGCGCUGAUUCGAAGGACUCUGCUGACGGCAGGAAGAUCUGGAUAUUGGCAGACACAGCAUACAGCCCUUGCUGUGUGGACGAGGUGGCUGCGGAGCACGUGCAAGCAGAUGUGGUAGUGCAUUUUGGAGACACCUGCCUGAACCCGGUUGAGACACUUCCGGUCGUCUAUAUCUUUGGCGAACCAUAUCUGGAUCGUGCGAAGGUAAUAUCUCUGUUUACUGAGCGGUAUGACAAGGACGCGAAGGUCUGCCUGAUGGCCAACGCUCCGUACUCACGCCACUUAGAAAGCUUGAGCGGCGAGCUAUCGCAGCUGGGAUACUCUAACCUUGUAUUCACUGAUGUGGCGCUUCCUGACACUCCUAAUGCGGCAGCAACCAUCCUGGGCGUGUCCGAUUCACAUCCUAUAUCCCACAAGUUGUAUGCCAGCGGCGAUCGGGUGUACUACGGAGCAAAGGAGCAACUGUUAUGUGAGGAGCAGCUGCAGUCGUUCGAACUGUUUCACAUUGGCCUGCCGCCAGACCCUCGGCUGCUCUUCCUCUCUACUAAAUUCCAGGGCGUUACAGCAUAUGAUACACAGAAACGGCAGAUAGCAAAGGGCCCCUUCCCCGCUAUGAUGAGGCGCUACCGCUUCAUGCACGUUGCGCGCACAGCCAGCACCAUCGGCAUACUGGUGAACACCCUAUCACUGAAGAGCACGCGCUCGCUGAUCUCUUCGCUGGUGGAGCUCAUCCGCAGCUGUGGCAAGAAGCACUAUAUGUUUGUGGUCGGAAAGCCGAACGUCGCCAAACUGGCCAACUUCGAGCCCGUCGACGUGUGGUGCGUUCUGGGCUGCGGUCACGGCGGCAUCGUGUUGGAUCAUGCCAAUGAGUUCUACAAGCCGAUAGUGACGCCCUACGAACUGACUCUUGCCCUGGCGCCAGAGUUAUCCUGGACUGGCGCUUGGGUUGUUGACUUCAACACCGUCAUCGAUGGGAUCAGUGCAGAUCUAGGCCUGCAGGCCGGCGCUAUACCUGCGGAAAAUGUACCGGAAUUCGACGCCGUCACAGGUAAGUACGUCGGGAAUUCGCGCCCACUCCGCGAGCUCAACCAUCUGGAAAUUGAGAGCCCCCAAGAAUCCAUCACGACAGGCUCUACGGAGCUAGUCAAGAAGUUCUCGGGUGCCUUGACCAUCGGUAGCACCGUUUCUACGUCCGCGCAAUUCCUACAGGCGAGACAGUGGACGGGCUUGGGUAGCGACUUCAACGCAGAAGAUAGCUACGAAGAAGAGGGCGCCACAGUAGAGGAGGGCCUCUCCGGAGUCGCCAGAGGCUACCAGUACGAUGUAUCCAAUGCCGAGCAUACCGACGCUGACGUGCCUAAAACGUCCGGCCGGGUAAUGAAUACGUAG